AUGGUGUCUUCCUUCCUCGAGAUCGCUGUUGGCCAAACUGCCGAGACUGCCCGUCAGUUCUUGCAGGCCACAAGCUGGAAGCUUGAAGAUGCUAUUCAGUUGUUCUAUGUUGGCAGUGAAGGUGCGGCUGUUGCGUCCGCAUCUGCAUCUCAUCCUCCAAGAACAGAAAGCUGGCCAGAUGUACAUGAAAGUGGAUUGAAGGACUUGGAAAAUGAAAAUGUUGGACAUAGUGGUGGAGAGGAAGUACGUGCUCCUUUACCUGUUGUGAGGGAUACCCUUUAUGACGAUUCAAUGUUAUAUGGAGCAUCAAGGAUGGGAUUGGGUUACCCACCUCAUGAAGCCAGUUCAUUGAUUGCAUUUCGCAACUUUGACGAGGAAAUGAAACAUCCUGGGGUGUGGGAAUCAGACCAGGGUUCUACAUCCACAACAGAUAACCCUCGAGAUAAUCUUGCUUCUUUAUAUCGACCUCCUUUUCAUCUGAUGUUCCAUGGAUCAUUUGAAAAGGCAAAAGGUGCUGCUUCUGUUCAGGACAAAUGGCUUCUAGUAAACUUGCAAUCCACAAAGGAGUUCAGCUCACAUAUGUUAAAUCGGGAUACAUGGGCAAAUGAAGCUGUUGCUCAAACAAUCAGUACCAAUUUUAUCUUUUGGCAGGUAUAUGACGAUACAAGUGAGGGGCGGAAAGUUUGCACUUAUUACAAAUUGGAUUCUAUACCAGUAGUCCUUGUAAUCGACCCAAUCACAGGACAAAAGAUGCACUCAUGGGUUGGAAUGGUACAGCCUGAGAGUUUGCUAGAGGAUCUAGUACCAUUCAUGGAUGGCGGCCCAAGGGAUCAUCACAAAACCCUAUCCCAUAAACGUCAAAGGGGCAGUUCUCUGACUCCACCGAAAAGCAAAGGUGUUGGGAGGUGUGCUGCUGUGGCUCUAGUGUCUGCUUAUGAAACUAGUGAAGAAGAUGAGGAAGUGCUACAGGCAUUAGCUGCUUCUAUGGAGAGCAUGAAAGACUCCAGUGCGAUUGCUUCCAAUAAUAAUGAGGCUAGCACUGCUAAAGAGGAAGAAAAAUGUUCAACUAGGAUGCCAACAUAUCCACCUCUGCCUGAAGAACCCAGCGGCGAUAAGAGUCUCCUUUGCAGGGUUGGAAUUCGUCUUCCUGAUGGACGCAGAGUCCAGAGAAAUUUCCUGAAAACUGAUCCAAUACAGCUAGAAGAAGCUGCGACAAAGCUGUUUCGUUUGACAGAGGCAAUUCCAGGAGCAAAGAGUCUGGAUUAUGAUAUUAAAAUGACCUUUGGGGAGUCAGGGUUGGCCAACUCUAUGAUCUCGGUUGCUUGGGAGUGA